AUGGAACUUUCAGGAGCACAAAUCCUGGUUGAUAGUCUCAAACGGGAAGGUGUCGAAUAUAUCUUCGGCGUGAACGGUGGCGCAGCGAUGCCGAUUUUCGAUGCCCUGUACGGUGAGACAGAAGUCAAAUUGAUUCCGAUGCGGCAUGAGCAAGGGGCUUCCCACGCCGCUGAUGGUUAUGCACGCGCCACCGGAAAUGUCGGUGUCGUACUCGCAACCUCCGGUCCCGGUGCAACCAAUCUCGUCACAGGGAUCGCUACCGCCUAUAUGGAUUCCAUUCCGAUGUUGCGAUUACUGGACAGUUACAAGCCACAAGUUCAUGGUGAUCCGGCGCAAAUUGCCAAGGCAGUAGCACUGAUUAAAGAAGCCAAAUGUCCCAUGAUUUAUGCCGGUGGCGGUGUGGUCCUUGCCAACGCCAGCGAGGAACUACAACAGUUUACCCUUAAUACGCAGAUCCCAAUUACCGUUACCUUGAUGGGGCUUGGCGCGUUCCCUGAGACACAUCCGUUGGCGAUGGAGAUGCCCGGCAUGCACGGCUCUUGUUGCGCAAAUUACGCCUUCACCGAUUCAGACCUUGUUAUUGCUGUCGGUGCGAGAUUUGACGACCGCGUUACAGGUGAUCUCGGUAAAUUCGCACCUAAUGCUAAGAAAAUCCAUAUCGAUAUCGACGCGUCCUGUAUCGGGAAAAAUGUACCUAUAGAUGUCCCGAUCGUCGGCGAUGCGAAAAAUGUCCUAACGGAACUCAACAAACAGGUCAGUACAGCGGAUAUUGAUCCGUGGCGCGACCAGAUUCAGGAGUGGAAGCAGAAGUACCCGUUUGAAUACGAGCAAAAAUCCGAUAUAGUCAUGCCCCAAUUCGUUAUUGAGAAAAUCUACGAACAUUACAGCGAUGCUAUUGUUGUCGCGGAUGUCGGUCAACAUCAGAUGUGGGCAGCACAAUACUUCAAGUUCACUGAACCUCGACAGUGGCUCAAUCUCUGGCGGUCUCGGCACAAUGGGCUUUAG